UUCAUUCUGAGCCAGAAUUAGGCUCUGUAAGCAUGGCUGUCUUCCAGCCUCAUCUUUGGGCUAUCUUUCUGACUGGAGCUAUUCUUGGGGCUUCUGCUGUGGAAACCUACCUUGCUGCUGUCUAUGAGCAUGCUGUUAUACUUACAGGAGCCACCCCAAAACUUGUCUCUCCAGAAGAAGCCUUGAGCCUAAUGAACAGAAAUUUAGACAUCUUAGAAGAAGCCAUCAAAACAGCUGCUGAACAGGGUGCCCGCAUCAUUGUGACUCCUGAAGAUGGCAUUUAUGGGUGGGUCUUUACUCGGGAAACACUUUAUCCUUAUCUUGAGGAUAUACCAGAUCCCGAAGUAAACUGGACUCCAUGCAACGAUCCAGAAAGGUUUGGAUUUAACCCAGUGCAGAAAAGACUUAGCUGCAUGGCAAAGAACUAUGGCAUCUAUGUGGUUGCCAACAUGGGGGACAAGAAGCCAUGUAAUUCUAGUGAUCCUCAGUGUCCCAGUGAUGGUCGCUAUCAAUACAAUACCAAUGUUGUUUAUGAUUCAGAAGGAAAGUUUGUGGCACGUUAUCACAAGUACAACCUUUUUGCCUCGGAAGUCCACUUCAAUUUUGCGAAGGAGCCGCAGUUCAUUAACUUCAACACCUCCUUUGGGAAGUUUGGUGUUUUCACUUGUGCUGAUAUGCUUAACUUCCGUGAACCUGCUGUAUCUCUGGUGGAAAAGUUCAAGGUGGACACUAUCCUCUUCCCAACUGCUUGGUUAAAUACUCUACCCCUUUUGUCUGCUGUUCAAUAUUACUCAGCCUGGGCAAUGGGAAUGCGUGUGAACAUCCUUGCGGCUAAUAUACAUAGGCCCAGCUUGGACAUUACGGGGAGUGGCAUUUUUACACCCAAUGGCCCAAAGGCGUAUCACUUUGAUAUGGAAACCCAGAAUGGCAAACUUUUGCUUGCAGAAAUUGACACACAUCCCCAUCUUUCCCCCACCUAUCCUCCCCCUUUCAACUGGAGCUUGUAUGCAUCAACCCUUGAACAUUUCUCACCGCAGAGCCCAGUAUUUAACAGCAGUAUCUAUUUUGAUAAUUUCACCUUCACGGAGCUAUCACAAGAAGCAGGAAACUAUACUGUCUGCCAGAAAAACGUCUGCUGUUAUUUAAGCUACAUUAUGGCGGAAAAGCAAGAGGAUGAAGUUUAUGCUUUGGGUGUUUUUGAUGGGCUUCACAUGAUUGAAGGAGAAUAUUAUUUGCAGAUCUGCACACUACUGAAGUGUAACAGCACAGAUCUGAAAUCGUGUGGCCAGCGAGUUGAUACCGCUGCUACCAGGUUCAACUUCUUUUCCCUCAGUGGCUCAUUUAACACUAAUUAUGUGUUUCCUGAAGUGCUGCUCACUGGGACCCAUCUGGCUCCUGGAGAAUUUAAGGUUUUGCCUGAUGGACGGAUAAUAAGUGAGAAAGGCCUGUCAAAGCCACUCUUGUCUAUGGCUCUUUUUGGAAGAUGGUAUGAGAAAGACUCUCCACACCCCACCUCCACUGCACCAUGAACUUGCUCUUCAUGAUUUGCUUUCCUUUCACGUGGUCGGUAUUCUGUGCCUGGUAAAUAUUUUUCUAGACACAGAAAUUAUGUCUAUUUCCUAACAUUUCUAGUACUCAAACAGCAAAAGCCAAAGUGAAAGAUAAUCAACAUUCCAACAUGCAUAGGAUCCAAAUGGAUGCUUCAAAUUAUGCAAUCAACUUUCUUCAUCCAUGAAAUUUUACGGGAAUCCAUAUGUUAUUCCCGUCUCUAUAUAAAUGCAGGGUACUUUUCAUCACAACUUCCAUCUUUUCCCCUUCCACCACCAAUCUGGUGAGCAGAAAAAGAAAGGACAGUACCCAGUCCCUGUUGAUUGGUAAUUUCCUGCAUUUGUACAUCAUUGCUCUGGAGAGCAUCAGGCUAUAUUUUAUAACCAGGAGCAACUGUGUUUCAGUAUAAUAGAAACAAAAUUAAACAAAUAAGUAUUGUAUUUUUCAAUAAUCACAAUAUCAUGUUCAUGGUAGGAUGGGGGCUGAUCCUAUAUGUCAGUUACUAUGCCAGGUAUAAAUGUUCAGGCAACUAAUCUGUUUUGCUUUGCUGAUUGGGGGAGAGAGUAUCUUCCCAGAAAAGGUCAAUGUUGACGAAUAAGUUUCCCCUCUCCUCUUAGUAUCAUUGUCAUGUCUGGGGAGAGGAAGGUAUGGGUAAUCCAAUCCACACUUCAGGAUUUAUCAGUUUUCAGUUAUUUAUUUAUAACACUCUCUAUUUAUCCUGAACCCAAGGAAAUGUGUUUGAAUUCCUCAAGUCCCAUCAACGGAAUUGUUGUACCAACUGAAUAUUGAAUGACGCUAGAUUACCACAUAGCUGUUUUGACCAAGUGUUGGCAUCUUCUUUAUUCUCCAAUUCUGUUAUUCAAAGCCUUAAAAGUCCUGUACUCACAGAAGCUAGCAGCUAAGUUUUUGAGCCCCAUUUUUCUUUUUUGCUAAUCAGCUUGAUAGGCAAUUUACUUCUAAAAGUCACCCUGUGAAUGCUUAGUUGGAGUGGAAAGACCACUGUGCAGUGAAUAAAAUGUUCUGAAUUUUCUUUUUCUGUUUAUGUGACUUACUUUUCU